AUGAUCGGCACCGUACUUUUCGGCUCGACGUAUUUCUUCAUGGUCAUGUUUCAGUGCCGGCCAAUUCAAACAUUUUGGGAGGAAUCACCACGCACGAAAGGAAAGUGCUUCAACAACCGCGUGGUUAUAAUCAUGACUUUCACGGCCUCGAUUAUCAACUGCCUCGCCGACUGGGCCUUUGGCAUCCUCCCCUUAUUCAUUGUCUGGUCGCUCUCCCUCCCAAAGCGCACCCGACUCCUAGCGUUCGGCAUUCUCUCUUUUGCUGCCAUCGGAUCCGCCGCAACCGUGGCAAGAUCCGUAUACAUACCGACCCUCCUCGAUGGCGACGACUUCCUAUGGGCGACUACCGACGUGGCUUUGUGGAGCACCGUCGAGCCCGGCAUCGGCAUCACUGCCGCAUCGAUCGCCACCCUUCGUCCUUUGUGGCAACUCAUUUGGUACCGUGCGGGUAUGCGGUCUCAAGCCCCUCGUCAGAUAGCAUGGCGAGAACGGUUCAAGGGGCAGCCGAGUUAUGUUCGCAGCGACGGCUCAGAUCCUCGUCACCCACGACACCCGGUGCCAGACGACGCACCCCUUGAAGAGAUCGAGGCUGAUAUCCGGGCCGAGUUUGAAGCUGAGGUACCUCGCAUUGCUCGCUCCCAAGAUGCCUACAGCUCUUCGGCACCGACGAGACGGAGUGGCUUGAGUAAGGACUUUAACAUCGCGUACGGAAGAGAAAGACACGAUGAAGACGUAGAGUCUUUGGUCAUCCCCCGCGACGACGGCGGCGAUGGUGGUCAAUGGCUCUGUCCAUCACCCCGCGAACAGGGAGACCACUCGAUUGAGCUAGAAGACGGCGUCCACUUGUCACCGAAAGUGAGAUCACCCGCGCCGACAGUGAAUUGGUGUUCACCACGCAUGUCGGCCAUAUCGAUGGGCUUCGGCUCCUUCAACCGAGAGAACCGCGACUCGACUCACUCAGCCCUCACUCUGGGCGUCAACAACUACGACGGCACAAACCACCCCCCGAGCAACCGAAUGAGCAGGCUGAGCAACGUCAGCAACGCCCACGAUAACAACAACCGAACGAGCAGGCUGAGCACCCUCAACAGCCCAGACCACCACUACCGAGACAGCAGAAUGACCAUGGAAACGUACACGAACACGAACCCGCGCCACAGCAGGUUCGACAACCGAUAUAGUCGGACGACGAGAGCCAGCAGCCACUACACGCGCGGCUCGCAGUUCCUGGCGCCGCCUUCCCCUGGGGACUUUACCAUGCCUAGCCCUCCCCCGAGUGCGUGGCAGAUCAACGUCCCUGGAGGUAUGGACUCGGCGCAGUGGCUUUCGUCUAGAAUGGCGGAGCACCCCGGUCAGCCGGGCAAUAAACGAUAG